AUGUUCGAGAGAUGUUCACAGCUCGUUGGCGCUACAUACAUUUCCACAAACUUUGAGUGCCUGGAUUAAGUAAAUUUCAGUUGCUUAUGGGCGUUGGAUAACCGUUUAGGAUGCAUUUUUGUUUCUGUUUAACUAGCGAUUGAACGUGUGAUAGGAUUUUGCUUCUGUUUUUUUUUGCCCACCGGUAAUCCCAGAAUGGAAGCCGAAGGAAACGAAAGUGGCACUUACGAAAACGUUACCGAUUUUGAAAGAUUCGCUCUGAGGCCUCCAAAGGCAUAUCUUAUUUUCCAAGCAAUAUCCCUCUCUAUUAUCUUGGUAUCAACUAUCUUUGGCAAUGUUGCGGUGUGCUACGUGAUCUAUCGAACACGUAGUAUCAACAGCGGGACUGGUAUGUGCAUGGCAUCCCUUACCAUUGCCGAUCUUCUUCGUGGGUGCAUCGUUCUUCCCUUCGUGAUCGAGUCAUCUGUCCUGCUCGGGGUCUGGAACCACGGACCUGAAAUUAGUGCUGUGGUUGGGUUUCUUAAUACUCUGUUUGGAAGUGCCAGUACCAUGACACUGGCUGCUAUCUCAUUGGACAGAUUCAUUGCUAUUAUGAAGCCACUCAAGUAUUCGACCAUUGUCACCUCGGUACGAACAGGAAUCAUUAUAGCUAUCAUCUGGACGAUCUCAGUCUCGAUGGCAACCCUGCCCCUGGUCGGAUGGUCCAAGUACCAGUUCAUUCCCUGGGUCUGCCUCUGCGUUGCAGACUGGACCGGGACCAGGUCCUAUGCAUACACCUACUUGGUCCUGACCCUAUUUACACCAAUGGGCAUAUUGCUCUACUGCUAUUGUAACAUUUUUCGCAUAGCAAAGCGACAGUCACGAAAGGUGGUCUCGCUGGAGAGGACUUCCUUUGAGUCACCACGCCCAGUUUUCAUGGGCAGGCCAAAAACACGGAUGCGGAGAGAUAAAAAGGCGAUCAUUAUUCUGUGUACUGUCCUUGGUGUAUUUAUCUUGUGUGUGAUCCCAUUUUGUGUCGUGUAUCUGAUAUCGUCAUAUAACGUAUCUGAUCGAAUCUUUGUCGCAUUGGGAAUCACAUCCCUCCUUUCGUUCAUCAAUUCUGCCGUCAAUCCUUUAAUUUAUGGAAUUCUUAAUCGGAAAUUCCGCCGAGUGUUUGUGGAGAUUUUGCCGAACCACCGAUGCAUGUGCAAGCGCCGAAAUUCGAUCGAACCGUCUCCCAAAUCUCAUUUUCCAGCUGAUUUUAUCUCAGAAUAUCUCGGGAAAAGCACAUCAAUACCGCCAAAAAGGCAUGGUAAACUCAUACCGCGAGAGUGCUUCUCCAUUGAAACCACACACUGCCCGCGCAAAGAAUGUGCAUUGGAUGAUGAUGCGUUCUCCAUGUCAUUACCACCAAGUGCCAAUCUUUACCUUAAUGCCUCAGUUGCUGAAGCGGGUGGGUCCAAAAACCUGGGUCUGCGGGUCCAGAAGAAAAUGUUGGGCAAGAUGACGUCCAAGAAGAUUGCCAAGGUCUUCAUUGAUGACACCAUGGGUGAACUCCUGGACAACGUGUACAAGCUCUGCAAGGAUUACAAACAGAACAAGAAAGACGCUGAGAAGCUCAUCAAGAAUAUCAUCAAGAUAACUGUCAAAAUAGGUAUCCUCUACCGCAAUGACCAGUUCAACGAAGAGGAGAUAAAAAUUGCAGAGGCCUUUAGGAAAAAGUUCCGGACCAUGAUCAUGACCUUUGUCAGCUUCUGCGAAGUGGACUUCACUUUUGAUAAAAACUUUAUGGUAGGAGCACUCGAUGACUGCUCAGUUCUUUUGACCAAACUUGUGGCAAGGCAUCUCACAGAUAAGUCACAAGGCAGAAUAGACUAUGUAUUUGGGUUCUUCCAGGAUGGUGCUUUCAUGGACUCGCUUUUUGACCCAAACAGUCCUCUAAAACCUCACCUUACGGACAUUGUUGGAGGACUUAACAAAUUAUUAGAAGAAGGAAGCAUUUAACCCUUCAUCAUGGCCUUCUAUCUUCCAAAGUCUUUUUUAUUACAUUUCAUAGAUUUUAUCAAACUUGUAUCAUAAAUGAAGCAGAAACGUGCAAAUAAUUGACAGUGGAAGCUCAAAGUGACUCAACUCAUAUCUGUAAUUGUUUUGUUUAUUUAUGUUGUCUUGGGAACCACCGCAAUCUUCUGUAGACUGAUGCAAUUUACAGUGCUUAUGGAAGCACUAAAUGUGAACAUUCUGCUAUAAGGUCAUCGAUGUGCUCUGUAGGACAAAAUCAUGGUUGGUUAUCCUGAUCUUUCAGCAGUUGUAAAUAAUUAUUUGCCUUAUUCAUAAAGCAGAGAUGAAAGAAAUUUUUCUUCUUUCAUUUCACAUCCAUAUUUGGUAAGCUUCAAUUUACCAGGGAAAGGUUUAGCAUGAGAUCUUUGUUGAAAAUCUACCUUGAGGUCCAAGCAGCUCUGGAUUAGUUGUCUCGCUAUAAUGAUCUGAACUGUACCUGUAGAUCGGUCAAGUUAGAAACUUUGAUGCUGCUUCUGAUGGACAGUCACAUUCCCGAAGAAGCUCAAACAAAUCUUGUUGCUGAAGAAUCCAUGUAUGAUGGUGCAUGCAUUUGAAAAGAUGGAGGAAGGUCUCUGGUGAUCUUAUCUGGUUGCCUGUUGGAUGUUCCGCAGAAUGAUCUGGUAAAGAUGGCAUCAUGGAGAUCAUUAGGUCAAAGUGCAUGAGGCAAUUCUCAAAGGAAAACCUUUCUGGUGCCUGUGCUUACACAGAUAGAGGAAAAGCCAUAGCAAAGAUAUUCAACAGGAUUGUCUAGAGAAGAUUGUUCGUGAAGAUCAUCAGGUCAGAGCGCACGUUGUGGUAAUUCUCAAAGGAUACUGUACAUCAUUCUUUCUGAUGCCUGGUGCUUUUGCUUCAACAGAUGGGGAAGUGGCAUUAUUAUGAAGUUGUUCAGCAGGAUUGUCUUGUGGAUAUGGCAUCAUAGAAUUCAUCCAGUUUAAGCAGAAAAGCUCUAAUUUCACACCCUUUAAGAUAGAUCUUGAGGUAAUGGUACGUGAAAGGGUAUGUGAAUUGGUGAGUAUUGCCCAUGGGGGGUAUGUAAUCACUGAUGAAUACUGUAAGUUUCAUAAUUAUACCAUCAAUCUUUUUUUAAUAGUUUGUUAUUGAGAGACCAGUAAAUUACCAGUUAGCGAUCCUUGACUGACUCUUACUCGCUGAAUGCACAGAACAAUAUUGGUUCAAUGAACCAAACGUUUGUACUAAUGAGUCGGAUAAUGCUAAAUGGUACCAUAAACAUAUUAUAAGACAUUGCAGCGGAAAUCUAAACAACUCAGAAUUAUUAUUAAUGAUCAAGCAUUUGCAAACCUUUUUGUUCAGAAGCGAAGCUGGAAUGUGGAGUUUCUCUAACCAAGAGAUCGGUCAUACCCUAGCGCUGCCUGCUUUCUUGUCACCUCUCUCUGGUCCAGUUAUGGCAAGAACAGCAGGUAGCACACGAAACAUGUGACUGAUCCCUCGGCUUGAGAAAGCCCACAGGAGAGAACAAGAACUGGUUGGUGUUUCAUAGAGCUGUUUGAAUAGUUCCGCACUACUUUACAUACGACUGGAACAUAUUCUAAGGUGAUAAGCAGUUACUUCAUCAUGGUAGGGAUAUAGCAAGAAAGGAUCACCAGUCAUUUCUUAAGUCAUUUGUAAGGUACAAAUGGCUUUAUUAAACACCCACCUGUUCUAAAGAAAAGGGUUAAAGAAGCUUGAAAAUUUCAUUAUUGAUCAUCCCCAAUGGAUGUAAGUUUUCUAUAUAUUACUCAAUUUUUUUUCAAUAGGAAGGUUUGUUCCUCAAGUAUACGGUUGACCUAUGAAGUGUGUGUGCUCUAAUACAUGCAAUUUUUUUAUAAAGAGAUGAAAUUUCUCAUGUCUUUUGAUCUUGAUCAUUCUCUGAAGGGACGAUGUAACUAAUCGAUGUCAGUGAUCAAAGUAGUCUUUACGCAAGGUAAAAUUUUUAUAUGACAUUUGUUGACAUGUAGUAUCUAGUUAAAUCUAUGUUCUAGUUGAAAUUUUAGUAGUUGUACUGACGAGUGCCUAUAUUUGUAGAUACAUUUGUAUCGGACUGUCAUCAGAAAGGCUAGCGAUCAAACUUUUAUGAUUAUAAACUGACAAUUUUAUACAAUUAUAGUUGUAGUUAAAGUUGUAAAUCAAGGGGGUUGAGGAUUUCAAUUAUGCUACAUAAAAGUGAGUAUCAUUAUAGCAGCUCAGUUAUCAUUACAGUGUAAAAAUCAUACCUUCUGUUUCUUUCCCACUGAUGUGUACAUGUAAGUGUGUACAAACUUGGAAAGGAAACAGGAAUAACUUUUAUUCCAUUUUAAAGCAGAUUAUUUUAACUAUGGCUGCCCAGGGUGAAAUAUUAAUAUAUGUUUUAAAAAUUCAUUUCUCGUAUUUAGUACAUGUAUAGUAUACUGCUUUUAUUUCUAGAUUAAAAAAAAAUAAUAUCGCUGUUUUGUUAUUGUUGCCUCAACUACUUGCCUCUAUAGUACAACAGCUGAAGCAAACCUUUCUACAUAUUUAUAGUAAACUUAUGAUAUAAACAUAUACCCCCAUUAUAGUGUACAAAUGAAAAACUUUGGAUCUCAGUAAUAUUAUUAGUAUUGCAUAGUGUCAAAAGAUGAACAUUUACUGAAUAGGGAGAUUGGUUUAAAAAGCCAACAUUAGAUAAUCAAGGAAUUAGAAAUGAAUAUUGAAAAUCAGUCAAAAUUAUGAGUAUGAUCUUUUGAUUGAUCAUCCAUAACGGUUUUUCCUUCAUUGGAAAUAGUCACGAUUUCAUACCAUAUCCUAGGGAGUUAUUUGAUCACUCAGAAUGUUUUCUUUUGAAUCACCCAACAAUAGAAGGCAAAUCAAUAUGGAGCAAAAAGCAUGGGAAAAUCCCAUUUCACUGGGGUCCUGUUCAAUAGCAGAGAAAAAAAAGAGGGACAAAUAUUACAUGAAAAUAGCACUACAAUUACAUGCAUUCACCCACUUGAUAGAACAGAGGAGAAUGUUCCAUCAUACAAUGUUGUCUGUGUUUAUUCACUCUCUCGAUAGAAUAUGAUGUUAAACAGUGUUUCCGUUCCUUUGUGGAUUCUGGUAUUUUUUUCAUAUUUCAAUCUCAUUUUAAAGUGUGUUUACACAGGCAGGGAAUUAUAAAGGGUGCAGUCAUGAAAAUUAUUACACUGUACGAAAUCCUACAUCUACAUUUAUGUUCUAAAAGAAAAUGUUUGCGAAUUGGUUUAGAGCUCUUGCUCAUUUUUAAUUUCAAGUUAAUUUCAAUUUCUUGUGAAAGUGUUAUUCCUUGCAUUCCAAGAACAGUUGAUAAUACUCCUGAACCUUCAUGGAAGACUAAUAUUAUUGGUUGUGAUGAUUCACCCUUUCUAAAUCCUAUAAUAUUUAAAAAAAAAGAAUUAAUGUAAUGUCUUGAAAUUGGACUUAUUUUGUUUUACAUUUAAUAGUAUCAAAGGUGCAAUAUUCCAAAACCUUACUUUAAAUAAUGAAAAGUGUUUUUUUUUCUAUUGGGUCUUGUGCAGAAGAUUGUUCUGACUUCUGAGGUGGAUUUUCUUUUUUAAAUCCCAGAAACUUUUCACAUAAUUCCUUAAUCUUUUCCUUUCUCACAUUAUUUUUGGUUCAUUAGGGAAUCCAUACAUACAUCUCAUCUGUAUCUUGUACACAUAUUUAUGUCAUUACACUCCAUAACAAUUCAGGGUAGUAUUUCAUGACACGAAUAGUCAGUGAUGUUCACUGACAAAUUUGCUCUGAGCCAAUCAGAUGAAAGGAUUUCAGUAGCUUAUAACAAUAGUCAGUUUGAAAUCACUGACUAUUUAUUUUAUGACAUGCUUCCCACUUGAAUUUUUGUUCUCAAGUCUUAAAGGUACCAGUGUAGUCUUCAUGGUUCCUGAUCUUCUGAUGCUUAUGUUGUGAUAUUUUUUUCAUUGAUGUUUUGUGUGUGUCCAUACGUAUUGUUACAAGAGCAAUCAAUCCUAUUCAGAAGUGGGAAAAGAAAUCACAAUAUGUGUGUAUGAUUUUUUUAAAAUGGUUUGUUCAUGUACAUGAACAAGUACAUGUACAGGAAUAUCAUUGUAUGUGCACAGACCCAAAUAUUUAUUUAAGUUUUGAUUAUGAGUAGUUAUCCAGCUCUGUUCUGAUAUUUCAUUUUAAGUUCAUUGUGGAUAAGGUUUUUUUUAUAAACAUGGUGAAUAUUUUACAGCAGGUAUAUUUAUAGACAGGGUAUAUUUCUUCAGUAUCAUUCCAUAUUUCUUACAUUUCCAGUAUUGUUUCCAUCAGAGAUCACAGAGUACCAGUAGAUAAAUCCUUUUUGUAAGAUGACAAAGUAAAUUCCUAAUAUGCUCAUUAUUACCAGUCAUUUAUUUACCCAUUGCAUACAUGUAGGUUUACUAAUGACCGGAGAUGAUCAGUCAUGGUAUAAUGGCCAGUCAUGAUUUUAAGAUGAGGAUCAAGUAACAAGGAACUUCAUCAAUAAUUCACUCACGUAUAAAAAUAUUAAAAACUAUUUAUAAUACUAGUAGGCUACACAUUAUUUUGCUCAGACAUUAGAAUUAUUUUUACCUUUGAAGUGGUCCUAACAAGGCAUGUUUAAUGGAGCUGUUUCAAAAGACACUCAUGUAUGUGUGUAAUUCUUUCUAAUGAUAAUAUGUAUUAUAUGUAUACUGAUCAUUCAUCUAUUCUAGGAAUAUUCUUGUGGAGAUGAGAGACACCCCUUCCUUUUCCUGUCCGCAUAUUUCACAAAUUUCACUGGGUGGGAAAACUGACAUAAAAAAAAAUUGGUUACAAU